AAACAAAUUUCCUUUUGGACACAUCUCAGCGAAAAAUGAGGUUGCGUAUGUCAGCCGUGGUGAUUCAGUGUAAGAGCGCUGACUAGCAGAUAGAGUGUGUACUACAACGGGAUGUUUCAAGUCCUUCUAUAAAGGUGAGUUACGUAAUGGCUGUUUAAAAUUCUACGUCUCGUCUUUUUCCUAGCCUUAGACUAAAUGUCUAUACGGUAAACGCAUAAUAUUGCAGGGUAUAAUUCAACAUUCCUUACAACGUAAACACUCCGUCAUCUUGAACAUUCGGAAGAGCAGAUGGCACGUGAAUCCACAGAAAACCCACGACAGAUAUCCGGAUAUAAGAGACAUGUAUGUGCUCUUUUAAGACUUUCUCAGCUUACAUCCAGUCUUACAAUGAUAUUACUUUCCUUCGUACAUAAUUGUGACCGCAAUGUAUUAUUUGCUUUGCUCUAAAGAAUAAAUUCUGGUAUCAAACAUUGAUAAAACACAAUAUAGUAGAGACACAAUGAGACAGCUUGGUUAACAUAGGUGCCAUUAACACAUCUCUAACUCUAUAUGUUACAUUGUCUAUAUGUCAAACGCUGUGCAAGUUGAAUUGUGGUGACGUCAGUAUAGCGCCUGUGGUCACAAGGUGUGAGUAAACAAACCAAUGGGCUAAAGUCCACAUCACGACUGGAACACAAAGAAGAAACGGGAACAAGAUUUGCGUCGUGGUUCUUUCAACUUGGCUCAACAUGGCGGCUGUGAUGUUGGUGAUUCUCCUUGUUCUCGCCCUUCCUGCAAUCCCAGCGUGCCCGGAUGGGUGUCGCUGUCUCACCAAACAAACCACCGUGAUCUGCCACAACUCAUCAUUCACAACCGUCCCAAAGAACAUCCCAGCCAACACCACCACUCUGGAGAUACGAUACACCAAACUCAGCUCUCUGCGGGAUGGAGACUUCGCGGGGUUGCCCAGCCUUGUGAACUUGACUGCUGACGAAAACGCCAUCAGUACAAUCGAACCCGGGUCGUUUAACGGGCUUCACAACCUCAAAGUGCUCAACAUCGCCAACAAUAAAGUUUCCAAGCUCCCACCUGGAUUAUUUAACGGUACACAAAACUUGACAACAUUCAAUGCUGUAAACAAUGAGAUCAAAGCCGUCCCAGUCGGUCUGUUCACUCGCCACCCCUCACUUGCCACCGUCCAUUUGAGUCAUAACAACAUUUCAGUCGUGGAGGAAGAGGCGUUUGCGUAUAUGACAAACCUGGCCGAAAUUGAACUAAAUGAUAAUCGCAUACAAAAGAUCACUUCCUCGUACUUCUACAAUGCUAAAAGCCUAACGAGGUUGUCUCUUAGUAGUAACGACAUCAUGUACAUCGGCUCUGGUGCCUUCCAAACCUGUACAAACCUACAGGAACUUAUCCUGGACAACAACGUGCUGGAGGAUUUUGUCGGAAUCGUUGACCAUCUUGGGAGCCUGCAAAAGUUAUCUCUGAACAACAAUCGCGUCAACCGCCUUAAGGCGCAAAUAAUCGAGGGCACGCCGGCGCUACAAUUCCUUUAUCUCAGCAACAAUAGAAUAGAAUACGUGGACGAACUCGCCUUCAUAAGUCUGACUAAUUUGAAAUACUUGUGGCUGGACCUUAACCGCAUCCAGAACUUCAGUUUUGCCUUUCUAACAAACCUUGAUAUUCUCAACAUCAGUUACAAUAGUCUGAGGUCGCUACCGACUAACAUGACGGACGCAUGGCAGCUUCAGGAGUUGAUACUAUCGGGAAACCCCAUCCAAGCUCUGAAGCCGAACGGGUUUGCGGGGCUGGACCACGUGCACGAGAUAGAGCUGGCCAACAUCUCAUGUAUCAAGUCUGGCUGCCUGGGUCCACAGUCUCUGUGCGGUAACUUGGUCAACGUGGUCUUAGACAGCAACAACUUCACAGAGUUCCCUCGGGGUAUCUUUGACUGCGCAUCUCUGACUUUCUUGAGCCUGGGCUACAAUAACUUGGACCAUCGCAGCUUCCACGCAGACGACUUCCAUCCCCUGUCAUACCUGAUGAGUUUACAAUUCCCGGGGAACCACAUUACCAACACAUCUUCCCUGGCCCAGGCUAUGCGCGCCAUAGAACAUCUCGCGUUUUUCGACAUCAGGCAGAACCCUAUUGUAUAUCUACCAGAGAACGCGUUCUCUAUACCAUCGGUAUCACGGGUAGCUAUGAGCGGCAUGAGGCUGAGUGUGUUAGACCCGGGGGCGCUCGGCGGCAUCUCCAGUGUCACAGAGCUGGACUUGAGCUUUAACCGACUUCAGUACCUGCCAGGCCAAAUAUUUGAUGGGCUGGGAGGUUUUGGUCAAGUUAACACCGACGGAAACCCUUGGAAAUGUGAUUGCCAGAUGUACGACUUCGCCAAAUGGCUGCAACAGACUACCAUGCAAAUUGACGUGUACUGUCACUCUCCCACAAACUUGAGUGGCAAACACUUGAAGGACAUCCCAUUAGAAGAGCUCCAGUGCGAUUGUAUCCACUACCAAGCGCCCUCUAUCGAUACUACUGGGAGCGACAAUCACACGGAAGUUGGGAGCACUGCAAGUCUGACGUGCAACGUCACGAGUUGUCCCGACCCCGCCGUCAUCUGGUCUACUCCGCAGGGAGUCAUUCUGUCUGUAGAUUCGGAAAUGCCUCGGUUCACGGUCAAGGGAAACGGGACACUUAUGAUAAAGAACAUUACAGAAUCUGAUGCGGGGGAGUACCACUGCAUGGCAGUGAACUAUCUCGGCAAGGAUAUGGCAACCGUCUCCCUGGAAGUGGGCUAAUGCAUGCAUGUACAAUAGUCAAAAUCUCUUUAAUGUGACACCCAACUGCUGUUGUCUCUCGCAUCGAAUGUUAACAAAACUUUUCAUGUCGAAUUUCUUAUUGGCAGCUUUCUCUGCUCUGAUAUGAUCAUUAUAUAGUAAUUCAAAGUACCUGAUACAUGUCAUGAUCAGCAGAGCAACGCAAAGCCGUAUGACAAACUACAUGAUUCAAUAUAAGCGCUCGCAAUUAAAACAUGACUGUUAACUA